AUGUAUCGGGCUGAACACCUGCUGUCCUUUGAAACACUCACAGAAAAUAUCAGAACUGCUAAAAAAUCUAUCGAAAAACUUACUUAUAAAAUGAAAAUAGAACGCUUUGGUAACAGCGAGUUUCAUACCAAACUUUUGGAGAGUUGUGCUUUGAGCAAUAGGAGAAGCAGUGAUUGCUUGUUUCGCACUUUGGAAAACAGUUGUUCAUUGAGUGAGCUUCCUGUGCAGGCAGAUAUGAUGAUUUGGAAACAAGAAAGUUUCACAAGUCUGAGAAACAUAUUGAUGGAAGUGGCCCCUUGGCUGGCUAGUGUUAAUUCGUAUUUGGAAAAAGCUAUAAAUGAUGAAUCAGAAGUACAGGAUUGGGAUACAAAAUUAAAAAGCGAAUUUGAAAAUGUACAAAAAAAAGCCAUUUACCAAAUUUACUGCAACCUCAUUGUUGUUUUACCAAGCUCUUACGAGUUUUCCGAUAAUUUUUUGGAAAAUAUUUUUGAAAUUAAUGAAAAUGAAUGCAAAGAUUUGUCGGAAUUAGCAGCGAGAGACAACAGAAAUUACAUAGUCCUUGUGGUUUUGCAGAAUAUUUUGACGAAUUUAAAAAAUCGCUUGAAUCAUUUCAGUCCAGCUUUGAAGGGUUUUAAUGCAUUUGUCCGCGAUGAUGAUCCUAGAGCUAAUUUGAGAAGUUUAAUAGAACAAGGAACUGGUGGAAAAAGAAGUGUUGCUAACAGACAAAUCAGUACAAGUUUAAGCAUAAAACAUAGCAACAUUAUUAAAAUAAAUUGUCCUCCAUCUGGUGCAACACAACUCUCGUGGCACCUCUUCGAACAUUUAGUGCACUUGAUCCAAGUUUCAUUUGGAGGUUCAACGUAA